AUGAGUUGUCGACUAUUUGAAGAAGAAGAACAUACACGUAAAUAUCGUCUUCAUCGACCAAAUUAUCCAAAGCAAUUAUUUGAACAUAUUAUUAAUUAUUAUUUUAAUGUGAUUGGUGUUGAUGUUAGUGUUAAUCAAAUAGCACAUGCUAUGCAAAAAGAUAAUAUCGAAUAUCGAUGUAAUAAAGCAGAAGACUUAACAUUUCUGGAAUCAAACUCAGUUGAUAUAAUCACUGUUGCUACAUCAUUACAUUGGCUUAAUCUUAAAGUAUUUGUUGAAGAAGUUAAACGUGUAUUGAAACCUAAUAUCGGUGUUUUUGCUAUAUGGACAUAUGGAUUUAUGUACAUCGGAUAA